AUGAAGAACAUCAGCAUCGGCGGACGGGUGUUCCCAACGGUUGUCUGGUACCGUCAUGCCUGUCUCCGCAAACUCUAUUUUCUAAUCGCCGUGAUCUGGCUUUCUUCAGCGACUGGGGGUUUUGAUGGGACGAUGAUGAAUGGUCUACAAACGCUUUCGUACUGGAAUGACUAUUUCGACAAUCCUAGACCAUCCACAUUGGGCUUGAUGAAUGCUAUUGUUCCAGCUGGAAAUUUGGUGAUCAACUUCUUCAUGCCCUAUAUGGCCGACCACUGGGGGAGAAAGAGAACACUUAUAAUUGGGGAUCUAAUUCUUUUCGUUGGUAUUGCCAUUCAAACGGGCUCGGUGAAUAUGGGUAUGUUUAUCGCUUCCCGUUUCAUCGGCGGCGUCGGCGCCUCCUUUGGCACCGGGCCGUAUCUUAUCACGGAGCUGGCUCAUCCCCAGCACCGAGCCAUCGUCACGACGAUUUACAACACCUUCUACUACAUCGGUGCAAUCAUUGCCGCAUGGGCAACAUACGGCACCUUGACCAUCCAGAGCCAGUGGGCGUGGCGGCUGCCGUCGAUUCUGCAGUUUGUCACACCGAUCAUUCAGUUUUCCCUCAUCUGGUUUGUUCCGGAAUCACCCCGGUUUUUGAUCAACCGUGAUCGGCCUGAUGAGGCGCGGGCCAUCCUGGAAAAGUAUCACGGAACGGCCAGUGGCCCAGAGUUUGUUCAAGCCGAGUUUGACGAGAUUUGCCAAACCAUCCAACUAGAGAAACAGUUUGCCAAACGUGGUUGGAUGGAGUUCUUCUCCACUAAAGGAAACCGUCACCGGUUCGCCAUCUGCCUGAGCCUGGGAAUCUUCGCUAACACGGCCGGAAACACAAUUCUCUCGUAUUAUCUGCAUCAAGUGCUUGACAGCGUGGGAGUGACAUCGGCUCGCGAGCAACUCCAGAUCAACGGUGCGGUCCAGGUCUACAAUUGGGUUUUUGCCCUCGGGAUCACAUUUUUCGUGGACAAAAUUGGACGCCGGCGUCUCUUUCUCAUCUCAGUAGGGGGAAUGCUUUGUAUUUUCAUUGCCUGGACUGUCUGCUCCGCCUUCUACUCGGAGAACCAGCAGCCUGGCACAGCCAAGGGCGUCUUGGCGUGCAUCUUUCUAUACUACACCUUCUACGACCUGGCCUGGAGUGGUCUUUACCAGGCCUACGCUUGCGAGAUUCUGCCAUAUCAUCUGCGAGCCAAGGGAUUGGCUAUCGUCGUUAUCGGAGCGUACGCCGCUGCAUUUUUCGGCAACUAUGUCAACCCCGUCGGUCUCGCCAAUGCCGGAUGGAAAUACUACCUUCUCUAUGACUGCUGGCUUGUUGUGAUCUUCGUCACGAUCUAUUUCCUCUUUGUUGAAUCCAGGAACACCACUCUGGAAGAGAUCUCUGUGAUCUUUGACGGCGAUGAUGCCUUGGUUGGCGGCGGGGUUGAAAUGAGCAGACGCGAGAGAGAGUUGGACGAAUUGAAGCCCAGCGCGGUGCAUUUUGAACAAGCUGACCCGUGA